CUCUCGUCAUAGAGGAUCUCUGGCUGCCAAUAACUUCCUGCUGCUCGCUCUGCUCUCUUUCACUUCACUCUGAACAUGUUGAAGUUCAGGAGCUCCUCACUGAGAUCAGCUGCUGUCCUGAUCUCACCAGCUGCUGCUGCUGCUCAGCUUCGUGUGCGCCUCUCUACUGGCCCCCAGCAGAAACACACAACCUUCUAUGAGUUCCGCACCUACAGCAUCCGUCCAGACCAGAAUGCCGCCUUCCUCAAACUGACCAAUGAAAAGAUCCACCUGCGCACCGCCCACUCAGAGCUGAUUGGCUACUGGACCGUAGAGUAUGGCGGCCUGAACAAGGUCUUCCACAUAUGGAAGUAUGACAGCUACGCUCAGCGGGCAGCGGUUCGGGCAGCCCUGGCUCAGGACCCCUCCUGGAUCUCAGAGUACAUCUCCAAGGCGAUGCCGAUGCUGACAUCUCAGGACAACGAGGUCACUUACCUGGUUCCCUGGAGCCACCUGCAGAAGCCCCCACAGGAGGGUGGCGUGUACGAGCUGGUUUCCUUCCAGAUGCGUCCCGGCGGUCCGGCGGUUUGGGGCAACGCCUUCCAGGCUGCCGUCACCACCCAUGAUGCACCGGGGUACGGCAAGCUGGUGGGAGCUUUCAGCAGCGAGUUUGGCCUGCUUAACAGAGUUCACGCCCUCUGGUGGUUUGAGAGCGCCGACCAGCGAGCUGAAGUUCGACACAAAGCACACACUGAUGCCAGAGUGGUUGCUGCAGAUUACAGAUUUUCCAUUAGAAACAGGUCCAGUGUGAACAGAACCGUUGCAGUAGAGCUCAUCCUUCAGAAACAGCGUCGUCCAUCUGGACUCUCAGGAGAACAAACUCAUGUUCCCGUGUUCCUUCUCGCCGCUGAAGUAACUUCCUGUGUGAAACUAAUCCUUACCUGCUGCACCUGACUGACUAUAAGCACCGCCCCUUUCUCUGGAUGAACCAAUCACAGCUCAGCAUGGAUUUCCUGCCACCGUCCCUUGUUAUUGAUUUCACAUCGUGAGAAACAUUAAUGGUCAGAUUUAGUCUCUGACUGACAGCAGCAGCGUCCAAUCCUGUGGUCUUGAUGUUGGAUGUGGGCGGGGCCUGAUGUACUAAUGACUGAAUAAUAAAUGAGACAUGAAAAUUUU